AUCUCACUCCCAAUCUCUCUCUCUCUCUCUCUCAUAGUGAACUGUCUGAAAACACACACACUGGUUCCCUCACAACAACACGUCUCUAUCCACAAAACUCUCUGUAUUAUUCCCUCGUGCCUAUCUCCAACAAUUCUCUCUCUCUCUCUCUCUCUCUCAAAGUAAAGAAUUUUUCUCACACCAAUAAAAGUGAAAAACGCUCUUCCAUCUCAAAACAAAACCCACAGCAUUUCAUAGUUGUAACUAACCAAAAAAAUCGAAGUCUGUUUUGAAAAUAUUUGGGUCUGAAAUUUUUGUGUGUGUUAUGAGUUAUGACAAAUAUACGGAGCAUAAUUCAGGACAUGAGGUCCAGGUCGAGCAGGGUGGUGCAGGACCGGUUUUCGGCUGGGCCGCCGUCGUCGUCGGCGGCGGCGGCGGCGGUCGAGGUAGAGGAUGGUAUGAACCAGAGCUGCUGGGCGAACAUGCCGCAAGAGCUGUUGAGAGAAGUGCUGCUGAAGAUCGAAGCUUCCGAGAGCGCGUGGCCUCUACGUAAGAACGUAGUCGCGUGUGCCGGAGUUUGCCGGAGCUGGCGUCACAUCACCAAAGAGAUCGUUAAGAUUCCUGAACUUUCUGGAAUCCUGACCUUCCCAAUCUCCGUUAAGCAGCCUGGUGCAAGGGAUUCUCUCAUCCAGUGCUUUAUAAAACGGAAUCGGUCCUCUCAAACGUAUUAUCUUUACCUCAGUUGUACUAAUGGUCCAGCCAUUGCUGAAGAUGGAAAAUUCCUUCUUGCUGCACGGAAGUGUAGACGCCCCACAUGCACAGAUUAUAUCAUUUCCCUACAUGCUGAUGAAAUGUCAAAGGGAAGCAGCACCUAUAUUGGGAAACUAAGAUCAAACUUUUUGGGAACAAAGUUCACAAUAUUUGAUGGGCAGCCACCUCAUGCAGGUGCCAAGAUUACAAAAAGUCGCUCCACUAGGAUGGUGAAUUCAAAACAAAUUUCACCAAGGGUACCUGCUGGCAACUAUUCAGUAGCUCACAUCUCAUAUGAACUUAAUGUGUUGGGUUCCAGGGGUCCUAGGAGAAUGCAGUGUACCGUGGAUGCCAUUCCUUCCUCUGCAAUUGAACCUGGAGGAGUAGCCCCCACGCAGAUGGACUUUUCCCUUGGAAAUGUAGACUUCUUUCCCUCAAUGCCUUUUCUCCGAUCUAAAUCAAAUCACAUGGAGACUUUCUCAUCUGGACCACUGGCCAGUCAGAAAGAUGGAGUUCUGGUAUUAAAAAACAAGGCUCCGAGGUGGCAUGAGCAGCUCCAGUGUUGGUGUUUGAACUUUCAUGGACGAGUGACUGUUGCUUCGGUGAAAAACUUUCAAUUGGUGGCUUCUCCAGAAAAUGGUCCAUCUGGACCAGAGCAUGAGAAGAUCAUCCUCCAGUUUGGGAAAGUUGGGGAGGACUUGUUUACCAUGGAUUUCCGGUACCCUAUCUCAGCAUUCCAGGCAUUUGCAAUCUGUCUCAGCAGCUUUGACACCAAGAUUGCUUGAGAAGCAUGGUUUUAAAGGUCAUAUAUAGCAGGUUGUAAUGCAAUAAACUUGGAGAAGGUAAUUGAAAAUGGUGUAACAACAUGCAUCUUUGGAGAAGAUUCUGGGCCGAUUUCUUACUUCAUUGACUGGGAUGUAGACCUUGUUGAACGACCGCGAGAGUGUAUGAAAUUAAAAGAAAGUCUUGAAUUUGGGAGGCUAGCCACCCAGCAGUCUCUGUAUAAUUCAUCCUGUUUGUGUAAAUAGUAGCUUUUUUUUGUAUACAGUUUGCCUCCGCUUGUGGUUUCAUUGGUAUUUAAUUUAAUCUUUCUGAAUUUCAUAUACUGAAUGCAAAUAUAAUUCAAUUAUUAUGAUA